AAUAUUUGUUUAAAGGUUUUAGAUUUUAGAAGAAAAUCUGAUAAGAAACGGAAAAACCGUGAGAAUUUAAACAGAGAAGACAGAUACAGAAACAAAUCAAAGAAAUCAGACGAAUCGUCCUCCGCCACCAGCUCGGCAGAAGAAUCGAAGGAAUUUGAGAAGAACCCCGGAAACCCCUACACAUUACACGGCAACAGAUACCUUCAAAAUUUUCUGUGGAAUCAUUUUAUGGAUGGUGACCAUAUGAACAUAGACCCAUAUGGUCCAAAGUUCAAAAACAUUGGACUGCCUGGGCCUGCUCUGUUCUUCGGAAGAAAAUGGUGGUAUUUCAAUCAAGAUGAUUAUAAACCAAUGCGUUGAAAAGAAGAACAAUAUCAUAUAAGCUCUACAGCAUUUCAAAGGGAUCGCAAAUAAAAUUUAUAAUUACAUGGAACUAAUAAUUAAAAUAAGCGUAAUUGUUACGUAUGGG